UGGGGGAAACAUGUCCAUCGUCACAGUUCAGCUCGGCCAGUGCGGUAACCAGGUGGGCUACGAGCUGUUUGACGUCCUCUGCAGCGAUGCUCUGGAGGGACAGAGGAGAUUGUACAGCGCAGCAGGCUGCGAGCGGUUCUUCCACCAGACCACACGUGGAGAGCUUGUAGCCAGGGCGGUGCUGAUUGACAUGGAGCCCAAAGUGAUCAACCAGAGCAUGAGCAGUGCUGCAAGGUCUGGCAUGUGGAGCUACGGAGAGACUGCCCACUUCAGCCAGAAGCAGGGCUCCGGCAACAACUGGGCUAAUGGGUACUGUGUCCACGGGCCUCGUCACAGAAACGCGGUGGAGGAGCUGGUGAGGCGAGAGGUGGAGCGCUGUGACAGGUUGGCCGGACUCAUGGCCAUGAUGAGUGUAGCUGGGGGCACGGGGUCCGGCGUUGGUACCUACGUGACUCAGUGUCUCCGAGACAUCUACCCCAAGUCCUUCAUCCUCAACCACCUCACCUGGCCGUACGAGACCGGGGAGGUGAUUGUCCAGAACUACAACUCUAUGCUGACGCUGGCUCACCUCUAUCAGCUGUCGGACGCCAUCCUGGUGCACGAGAACGACACAGUGCACAAGAUCUGCGCUCAGCUGUUGAACAUCAAACACAUCUCCUUCGGCGACGUCAACAGGGUGAUCGCUCACCAGCUGGGCAGCGUCCUGCAGCCCGCGCUCACCGCCGACUCCCGCGGACUCUACGGCAGAAAUCCUCUGGGAAGUGACAUCAGCUCGCACCUUCCAUCUCCUCAUUGUACGUACGCUAAUGUGGAUAUCACGCUUUGUCGUCGCUCAGGCGAGCUGGUGAGCGCCCUGGCGUGCCACCCGGAGUAUAAACUGCUCAGCAUGUGCACCGUCCCUCAGGUGCCCAGCGUCUCCAUGGCCUACAGCACGUUCAGCUGGCCCAGCGUGCUCAAACACCUGCGGCAGAUGCUCAUCUCCAACACCAAGAUGGAGGAAGGUAUCGACUGGCAGGUGCGUCCACCUGCAGGUUCUGAGCGGACCAGGAGUCUCUCUGGAUCCGGCUUCAACCGGUCCCUGGCCAACCUGCUCGUACUGAGAGGGAAAGACGUUUACAGCGCAGAGACGGGUGGCUUUGAGGACCCGGCCCUGUACACCUCCUGGCUCUCGCCAGGAGACGCUUUCAACUCGUGGAAAUCCCCAGUGCCUUUUAAUAAGUAUGAAAAAUGUGCAACGCUGGUCAGUAACAGCCAGGCUCUGCUCAGACCUCUGGACAACAUGGUGGGAAAAGCCUGGAAUAUGUUUGCAUCCAGGGCCUACAUUCACCAGUACAUUAAAUUUGGGAUCUCAGAGGAGGACUUUCUAGACGGCUUCACGUGUAUUGAGCAAGUCGUGUCCAGCUACAGUCAACUGCACUAGAAAUGGAGAAAUCUAACAAGCACCACUUGGCCCUUCGGACUGCAGCGCCCACACACAUGACACCAUGAAGUGCUUGCAGCGCUGAUGCUUUUUUCCCUUCUUUUUUUAACAUGUAAAUAAAAAUAUAUUUUAUUUGGUUAA